AUGCAGGGCAAGGUGAAGCAGAUCGUCGGCUCCACACUCCGCGAUCUGCCCUCCCAAGACUCGCCAGCCACAGACUCCUCUUCUUCCUCCUCCUCAUCCGAGCCUGUGACCAACUUUGAGUCGGAUCGCAGCGCAGCGGAGUAUGCCAGCAUGUACGCCGCUGAUUCGCUGCCAGGAGGCCACGUCAUCAUGCUGGGGGCCGAUCCAGCCAGUCAGGAGGCAGCUCUUGGGGCGCUGAACGCCUUCCCAGGUGGGCUGCACGUGGGUGGAGGCAUCACUCCAGAGAACGCCGGGAUGUACCUGGACGCAGGGGCCAGCCACGUCAUUGUCACCUCGUACGUGUUUCGAGAAGGCAAGGUGGACGAGGAGCGGCUGCGCAGGAUGGUGAAUGCAGUGGCGCCCGAGAGACUGGUGCUGGACCUGAGCUGCAGAAAGAAGGGCGAGCACUACUACGUGGUCACGGACCGGUGGCAGCGCUUCACAUCGCUGGUGGUGGAUGGCGAGUCGCUGGCCCGGUUGGCAGACUGCUGCGACGAGUUCCUCGUGCACGGCGUGGACGUGGAGGGCAUGAAGCUGGGCAUUGACGAAGAGCUGGUUUCCCUGCUUGGGAAAUAUUCACCAAUCCCAGUGACCUACGCGGGAGGUGUUCGCUCUCUCGAGGACCUUGAGAUUGUUAAGGCAGCUGGAAGGGGAGCGGUGGACGUGACUGUAGGAAGUGCCCUCGACAUCUUUGGAGGGGACCUGCCAUACAGAGAGGUCGUGGAGUGGCAUAGACGCCAAGAAAAGGGCCGGCCGCCAAGCCCGCUCAUCUUUCUCGUGCGAGCCUGCGGCGACGGCGCAACUACGAACUCCCUCUGUAGUAGUAGCAACCAUAGCAGUGAAAGCAACGGCGGAAGCCACAGCAGUGGCAGCAGCGGGGGGAAUCGUGCAGGAGACGAAAGCCAAGGGCCCUCGGUGAAGUGCGGCGGUAUGGAGUGCAGUGGGAGGGAGUGCGAGGGGCUGGAGGCACUGGUGUCGGACUUCUGUGGCAGCUCGUGGCGCACGCGGCUGUCACGAGACGACCUCGAAGACGAGAAGGACGACCUCGGAGUGGGUGGGAGCUUCGCGGACUUCCUCGCGUUGAUCCACGAGUCGCUCUCCUCGCGCCACGUUACUGUUGCACCCGCUCUCGCCCGAGCGCGGCCCAACCAAGCGCCCCGUCCCGCUAGUCAUUCCCCUGCCCUCGAUACAAUCACGCUCACGGGCCAAAAGGCGGAAGGCGCUCCGCGAAUUAGAUUCAAGCUAAAGCGAGUGGAUUGGCCGGGAAGAGACGCCGGAGGAGGGAAGGGGAGAACUGACGGUGGCGUGGAACAACCGUCAGCGUCACACUCUCACUCGUUACUGUCACACCCGUUACAGUCAUCCUCGUUAGAAGCAAUUGGGUCAGCCACGUCACCAGCGUCCUCACCCCUGUUUCCGUCGUGCGAGUCAGUGGCGGCGGAAAUCGCGUUCGCGCUUGUGAGGGACCGACUGCAGCUGGAAAAGACGCUUAGACGAGAGCGCGCCAAGCACGUGAGGCAAAUGGCAGAGGUGGAGAAGGAGAAGGACGCAUCUCGCAGCUACGGCAUUCUGGGCCCCCCUAAGUCCAAGCUGGCCCGCUCGAGAUCCGCCUCGCGAAUGACAGGCAGCCACGUGGCACCUGCCCCCUCUCGCUCCCUCUCACAUUCGCAGUCGAUUAUUACAGCAACUGAUAGUGAUGCUGCAGGUGAAAGGGCAGGUGAAAGGGCAGGUGAAGGGGCAGGUGAAGGGGCAGGUGAAGGAACAGCUGUUGCAGCAGCAGAAACUAAACCGGGUUUCUCGUCUGUUGAUCACAGCUCAGCAUCAUCCCCACCGUCCAUUCCCACCACAGCUGAAGGCCUUCAGAGCAUCAUCGGCCAAUGGGAUCACAUCCCGGGAUCCGUCCUCGCCACGUCAGCACAGGUCCAAUCCUUCCGAGACCGUUUCGCGUGCAUCAGCAGGAACGGACGGUGGAGAUUCAACGCCACGCCACGGCUGCUGCCGUGGCCCGGCGAGAUGAGUUCGUGUGAUGAGCAGCACAUGGGGUCCGUGCCUGGUGCGGUGGCGAUGCGUGAGGCAGAUAGGGUGGUGGAGGAGGGGCGGGGAGAGGUGGAGUGGAAGGUGAGAGAAGCGCUCAAGUACGAAUGGAGGGUGGGAGGGGACGGAGAAGGGGAGGGCGUGGGCGGGGAAGUGGGAGAGGGCAGUAACAGCAGCAGUAGCAGCAGCAGCGGCGGCGGUGGCGGCGGCGGCAGUGGCAGUAGCGGUGGUGGCGGUGGUGGCGGGAGCAGUGGUGCCUCAAGCACCCCCAGCAGCAGCAACAGCCAGGGUACAUGUGGGCGGUGGGAGCGGUUUUCAGGCGAGGCACUCUGCCAGGCGAUAGCAGGGCGCAACGUGAUGGUGGUGGGGGACUCGCUCAGCCUGCAGCUCGCGCACGCCCUGCGCUACAAUGUGCGUGUGGGGGCGGAGGACCCAGGGGCGCGUGUACGGCGCGGGCAAAUCUCGGUGCUGUGCCGACGGGUGCGGGGUGCUUCGUACUCCCCGUGGCUGUCGCCGCAGCGCUGCUGGACCGCUGUGCUGUGUGGGGAUGUGGAGGGCAGGCAGGGAGAAGGGGGUGUGCAGGGGAGGGAGGAGGGUGUGGAUGCGCAAGGGAGGCAGGAGGGUGGGGACGUGGUGGGGACGGGUGAGAGUGGGGAUGUGGAGUGGAAGAGAGAUAGCAGCAGCAGCAGCAGAAGCAGCAGCAGCAGGGAAAGUUCACCCCAGGCCGCUCGCUCCUCUCUUGCAUUCAACCUCUUCUUUGUGCGAGACGACUACCUGCUCUCCCCCGCCUGGCGCAAUGAGUGGCUCACGAAGCGCGUGCAGGGCUCAUGGGUGGACGAUCUGCGACAGGAGAACGUGUCGAUUCUCAUUGUCAACCGCGGCGCGCACUUCACCCCGCACGAGUCAUUCGCGUGGGAGGUUUCCGGGCAGUUGGCUUGGUUGAGAGAGCAGUUUCCGGAUCUGCUGAUUGUUGUGCGGGGCACGCCGGCGGGGCAUAAGGGGUGCAUGCGUUACGACCGUCCCUUGGAAAGAAGAGUUGAAAAGGAUAAUUCAAGCGACAGUGAUAAGGGUGAUGGGGGUAUUGAACACAUUGAUAAGUAUAAUUGGGAUAAGUUUGCACGACAGAAUGAAGUUGCAAGGAAAGUGGCGGAGGCGGUGGGGGCUGUGUAUAUGGAUGUGGAGACCGUUGUUAUGGCUGCAGAGGAGGAGUUACGGCCAGUAGAGGCGAAUAAAGACGUGCCCGAAGCGGGAGAAGCUGCAGAGGAUAUUAGAGCGGUUGAUGGGGCGUCGGAGGAAGGGCAAGACGACGACGGAAGCGAGGAUUUCAACAGAUUGAUUCCGGCUGACGAUUCGGACUCCGAUUCGUCAGAGUCGGAAGGGGAGGGGGGAAGCGACGAAGAGGAGGAGGAAGAGGGAAGGGGCGAGAAGCGAGAGGGCGAGUCUGGAGCCAUUCUGGAGGCGGCGCAAGCCGAAGCGGAGAAAAAAACUGCAUUGCAGGCGGCGCGAUUGGCGCGCGAGCAGAAGUGCGCGGAUGCGGCGGCGGAGCGGAAGGAGCGGCGCGCGCUGAAGGACCUUCUGCGGCGGCCGUGGGGGAAAGAUGGUGGAGGGGAUGGGGGGAAAGAGGAGGAGGUGCGGGGGAGUGAUGAUGAGGAAGAGGAGGAGGAAGGGGAGGGGGAGGAGGGUUCAGAAGCGCCCAUGGCGCAACUCUCUGGGCUAAGUCCCUCUGGAGUGGUACAAGGAGGAGGGGCACAUCGGCGCCCAUCGCGCAACACGGUGGGCAAGGUGCCCCUAGAGUGGUACAAGGAGGAGGGGCACAUUGGAUAUGAUAGGGAGGGGAAGCGCAUUAUGAAGCAAAAGGGGCGCGCCUCUAAGGGGGACAAGCUCGACGAGUUCCUCGCCCACACCGACGACCCUGACGCCUGGAAGGUGGUGUACGAUGAGUACAACGACGAGGAGAUCCGCCUGACAGAGGAGGACAUUGAUAUGAUCCGCAGAAUCAGGGAGGGGCGCACGCCACACGCCCACGUCAACCCUUAUGAGCCAUACCUGGACUGGUUCGACUGGGAUGAGAAGUGGGACCCCCUCAACGCCCAGCCGGAGCCCAAGAGGCGCUUCACCCCCUCCAAGCACGAGGCCAAGCAGAUAGUGCGGCUGGUGCGGGGACUGAGAAAAGGCACGAUCAAGACUUUAGCGCAGAGGGAGAAGGAGCGGAAGCAGAAGGAGAGCGAGGGGCAGCAGCAGGCGGUGUACCUGCUGUGGGGGGAUGACCUUAAAGCCAUUGCCUCUCAGUCCGAUAAGACCAAGAACGUCAACGGACUCAGCUUCGUCGCCGCCCCCAAACCCAAACUGCCAGGCCACGAGGAGUCGUACAACCCACCGGUGGAGUACAUACCCACGGAGGAGGAGGUGGCGGAGAAGAUGAUGCAAGCGGAGUAUGAAGGCACCUCCGACUCGCUCUUCGUGCCCAAGCAGUACAAAUCCCUGCGCUCUGUGCCGGCGUAUCCACGCUUCAUCCGAGAGCGCUUUGAGCGCUGCCUGGACCUCUACCUGUGCCCUCGCGUCAAGAAGAACCGGAUUAUGAUCGAUCCCGACGCGCUGCUGCCGAAGCUGCCCAAGAGGAAGGAUCUGCGUCCCUUCCCGCACUCCCUCUCGCUGCGCUACCUGGGCCAUCGCGCCACUGUGCGAUCGCUCUCCCUGCACCCCUCGGAGCAAUGGAUGGCUUCAGGCAGUGACGAUGGCACAGUGAGGGUGUGGGAGGUGGACACCACGCGGUGCCGGAGGGUCAUACAAAUGCCAGCGGCAGUCAAACACGUGGCAUGGAGCCCUGCUUCCUCCCGCCCCAUCCUCGCCAUCACCUCAGGCACGGAUGUGGUGUUACUGCCAGGGGAGGGGGGCACGGAGGAGGAGGAGAGGGCGGUGGAGCAGCUGUUGGAGGCCAAGGACGGGUGGAAAGAAGGUGGGUGGGGAUGGGUGGCAGAUGGGUGGCAGAUGGGUGGCAGGUGGGUGGCAGGUGGCUGGGUGGCAGGUGGGUGGCAGGUGGGUGGCAGGUGGGUGGGUGGCAGGUGGGUGGCAGGUGGGUGUGGAUGGGUGGGGGAUGAGUGCGGGAUGGGUUUGGAUGGCAGGGCAGUGGUGAUUCACCAGCUCACCCGUCGCGCAUCACAGUGCCCGUUCAAGAAGGCAGCAGCGGGCGGGGACCGGCGCAUUGCAGCGGUGGCCUUCCACCCAUCUAAACCCAUCCUCUUUGUGUCGUCGCGCACGCUCGUGCGCUCCUACCACCUGCUGCGGCUGUGCCUGCUGAGAAAAUACAUGCCCAACAUCAAACAGAUCUCCUCGCUCGCCAUCCAUCCCUCAGGUAAUGGUCUUCGCAAUCCGUCCAUCCCAUCCCUCAGGUGGGUUCGACCACCAGUGAAAGCUGUCUCUGUAGGCGAUCAUCUGCUGGUGGGGGGAGACGAGGGCAAGGUGGCAUGGAUCGACAUGGACCUCUCCACUCGCCCCUACCGCGUCUUGAGGAGCCACGGCGGCAUGGACGUGAGAAGCGUCGCUUUCCACCCCACGUACCCACUCUUCGCCAGUGCAGCAGAGGACGGGUCAGCCUUUGCCUUCCACGGGAUGGUCUUCGCCGACCUGCUGCAGAACCCCCUCAUUGUGCCGCUCAAGAUCCUCCGGGCGCCACCACCACCACAACAAGCCGCCUCCUCGUCAUCUUCCUCCAAGAGUCUGUACGCGUGUGCCUUCCACCCCUCCCAGCCAUGGCUCUUCACAGCAGGCGCUGACUGCUCAGUCACCCUCUUCACACACUGA